UCAAAUAGACGUCAGGCAGGUGAUCAAUAAAAGUUGUGCAUGCGUGCAUAUUGCAUUUAAUAACACCGAAUACAUCCUAUUUGAUACUGAUAUGGAUGUCAAAAGAUAAAGAGAAGUUUUGUAUCUCAUUGUUCAACAGAAGCCCGAAAAUACAUGUGAACCAAAUAUUCUAUCUACUGUACAAUACAUGAUUUGUGAUUUUGUAAAAACAUAUAAAAGAUACAAUGAUGCAAAUCACGGACCUUCCGGAAGAAAUCUUGCUGAUCAUAGUAAGAAGACUGGAUUUCUGGACAUUAUCCCAAAUGUAUAAUACCUGUAAGAGUUUCAGAAAUCUGCUCUCCUUGCAUGGGGUUAUUGUUGAAUGUAACAUGUCUAAGAAUUUAAUGGCAACAGUGAACACACUGAAGCUUGGACUCUUCAAAUCUAUUGCAAACCAUCUGUUAGAAAUCAACAUGCAAGGCGUGCCAGAUUUAACUAGAUCAAAAGUUCUGCCUGCCUUUAAGAAGUUGAAACGUUUAAAGAUCCUAGACAUUUCCUACACAAACCUGAAUAUUUCUGAUUUAAUGGCAAUACAUAGUGUAUGUCCUUCUUUGAAAGAUGUUACUGUCAAUUUUGUUUCUGGCGAAGGUAGUACUGUUUUGCUAGCAGAAGAGUGUAUAUUACAGCACCAAUCACUUUUUGCACAUUUUGAAAAUAUUCAUCUGGUGGGUUCCUUGCAAAACUUGUUACAUUCUAAAUUAGUAUUCCGUUUCUUGAAAAAAGCAAAAUUAGACACCCUCAAAUUUAGUGCAGUACAAGUUGAUAAUAUGCACAUAACAGUUUUGAAACCGUAUAACGUAGUUUAUGAAGUGCCUCAAUUCAAUCACUUUGCAAUUUUUUUGAUGAAUUGGAGGGCAACCAGGACCUAUGGAUAUCUCUCCCAGUUUCCUAUCAUAUCCAUGUUAAAUCUUGAAAACUAUGAUAUCUUUAUGAUUAACUGUACAAAUGGGCAUGCAGUCUCUGUUUAUGCAACAUCAAUAUUUACAAAGUUCUUCAGAGAAAAAUUUUACAUUGAUGCAGAAAAUCUUUCAGAAGGCAGCCAACCAGUUGGAAAUGCUGCUUUAUUCAUAUGGAAUAAAAAAACCACAAAUUUUGAUGACAUAUUUUUUCAGAAGUUGUAUAUUCGCAUAAAGCCCUAUUUCUGUUUUAUUUAUGAAGACAAAUCAGAAAUAAGCUGUCCAGUUCAAUAUGAUUGGAUCUAUACAGAACCACAACCUGUUGAUGGGCUCCUGCCUUUUCUUCGUGGUGAUCAUUUUGGUGAUGAUCCAGAUGUAUUUGAAGCAAAGUUAAGAAAAACUGCAAUGCCAAGUGUAAAGCUAAAUUAUGAUUUUGUAUUGAAAGAUAAAGUUGAAGCACAGUUAAGUAUAGUUUUUAAGUCAUCCAUAGUAGCUUCAGUUUCACUGCAAAGGAAUUGUAGUUAUUACACAAAACUAACAUUUUUAAGUUUAGUAGCAGGUAAAGCUAUAAGUUAUAGCAUGGACUUUUUUGACAGAUUGUUUCUCUACUGUCAAAAUUUAACUACUCUAUCAAUGGAAUGUCCCAAUAUUACACGCGUAUACAGUCUACACAUAUCGCGUGCUGCACAAAUUAGUCCCUCCUUAAGACAUUUACGUAUGGUUGAUAAGGCUGUUGAUUUUAAAAAUGUAUUUGAAAAUUUGAGCAACUGUAAGACAUUAGAAAGCAUUAAUUUAGUUGACUUGAAAUCGUGGGAUCGCCCUAAAAUAGCUGACCCUUCUUUAUUAAUAGAAAAGUGUGACAAGUUAUGCAGUGUUAUCAUAGAAGCACCACUUGCUGAAACUGCUCAAACUCAACUGUUUCAGUGGUGUAAUAAAGCCAAAACUAAGUUUAGGAAACCCUAUCUUCGGGUUGUAAUAAAUAGGAUGUCUAACAACAAUAGAUUUAAGUACGAUUAUGAUCCAUUUAUAGAUGUGUUCCAAUUAAAUCCAAUAAAACCAGUCUAAAAUGCA